CCCGGCUUGUAGGCCUCCCGGGCGGAGAUUAUGCCUCCGAGGCCUGUGGGACUCGAUUUCCCGUCGUGCCUCGGGAGAGGGGCACGGAUGGCGGAGAAGGAUGACACCGGAGUUUGACGACGAAGUGGUGUUUGAGGAAUCUCAGCCCUCCAACGCGACUCUGCCAGAAGUUGACCAUGGAGAACUUAGAUGUUCCUAGAGGAAACACUUCUCUAGAUAUUUGUAGGUCUUCCAACAUGAUCCUAUGAAUAAUGUCUGGCAGAUUUUGACCACAGAGUUGCACUGGAGGAUCCAAAGAUUCCUAGAGAGAAUUCACCACUCUAUCAGUACUUACAGGACUUGGGGCACACUGAUUUUGAAAAAUGCUCACCUUUGGUGCAAAACCCAGAAGAAUGUAUCCCAAAAGAGGGACAAAAAGACAUGGAUACAAGUCCCAUUCAGAAGGCAAGUUCUCACUUGAAAUACAUCCUGUCAAACCUAGCUGAGAGAUUUACCAGCUGGCUUUCUUUUUUACCACAUAAGAAAAAAGAUGAUAUACUCCACCAGUUGGAUGUUGGUUUUCGCUCAGAGACUCUCUGCACCAUCCUGCAACAGGAAGUUUUGCUGCAGGAAGAUGUUGAACUGAUUGAGCUGCUUGACCCCAACAUCCUGUCUGCAGGACAGCCGAGGCAACAGGAAUAUGGACAUCUUCCAAAUCUACGCUCCCUAGCAACUCCUAAUAUUUGGGAUAUUUCAUUAUUGUUUGCCUUCAUCAGCACCCUGAUUAUACUUCCUUCUUUCUGGAAUGGAUUCCUUGGACUGGUGUGGGGAAUAGGCUUUUUGGUUUACAUAGGCAUGAGAGGCUUGGACACAUUGAGAACAGCCAAGCUGCAAAUGUCUCUAAGAAAAUGCCAUCUCCAGCUAGAAGAUAUAGUAGCAAAUUGCCGAGCGUUCACUAACCUUGUGAGAAAAGCUCUGCGGCUCAUUCAAGAAACUGAAGUCAUUUCCAGAGGAUUUACUCUUUUGCUUGACAGGGUCAGUGCUGGUUGCCCAUUUAAUAAAGCUGGACAGCAUCCUUGUCAGCAUCUCAUUGGUCUUCGGAAAGCUGUAUACCGAUCAGUAAGAGCCAAUUUCAGAGCCUCAAGACUUGCCACCUUAUACAUGCUGAAAAAUUACCCAUUAAAUUCUGAGAGUGAUAAUGUGACAAACUACAUCUGUGUGGUGCCUUUUAAGGAAUUAGGCUUAGGACUAAGUGAAGAGCAGGUGUCAGAAGAAGAAGCACAUAAUUUCACAGAUGGCUUCAGUCUGCCUGCACUUAAGAUUUUAUUCCAGCUUUGGGUUGGGCAAAGUUCUGAAUUCUUCAGGCGACUAGUUCUUCUGCUUUCCCCCUCCAAUGCAUCUCUCAAGACCCUGAUUACGCCAGAACGUUUGCCUCUUUCUAUCUUUUCUGAUGUGACUCAAGGCCUCCCUCAUGCUCAUGCUGCCUGCUUAGAAGAACUUAAACGAAGCUAUGAGUUUUAUCGGUACUUUGAAACACAUCACCAAUCCAGCUUGGAACGGUCAGCCAAAACUCAGCAGAAACCAGGAGAGCUAAAUCUUCUCCAAACAGCAGUGCGCAGUUUGCAACUCCAUCUAAAGGCCUUACUGAAUGAAGUAAUAAUUCUUGAGGAUGAACUUGAAAAGUUUAUUAGUUCCAGGGAAAGUCAAGAAUUAACCACAGAGGCCUAUCAUGUUGUAGAAAAAAAACUGAAACUCAUUCAGCCUCAUAUGCAAGCUAGCAACAGCUGCUGGGAGGAGGCCAUUUCUCAGGUGGACAAAAUGGUUCGAAGAAAUCCAGAUAAAAAAGACAAAGCUGAACCAUCCUGUGAGAACAAGCACUGCACCAUGGUACCUUUAUUACAGCCAGCUGUACACAUAGAGGACAAAGAUCCAAUCCCUGAAGAACAGGAACUUGAAGCCUAUGUUGAUGAUACAGAUAUAGACAGCGAAUAUAAGAGGGAUGACUUUUAUUACUUUUCCCUGGAAGACAGAGAGAGACAAAAACGUGAAAGAGAAGAAUCAAAGAGAGUGCUGCAGGAACUAAAAUCUGUAUUAGGAUUUAAAGCUUCAGAGGCAGAAAGGCAAAAGUGGAAGCAACUUCUAUUUAGUGAUCAUGCUGCAGUAAAACCCUUGCCUGUUGAAAACCCAGAUGAGCCCACGAAUAUUUUGAUAACAUCUGUGAAUUCAGAGUCUGACAAGCAGCUUUAUAUCAGAAAUGAUAACUUGGAAGAAACUGACUGUAACCAAAAACUGGAAGCCACUGAUGAAGAGAAUGGUAGAAUGGAAUACCUAUCUGAUGGGUUUCGUGUGGGUAAAAAUGACAUUGCUGCAAAUGGUGACUCACCAGAAAUUGAAAAAAGAACAUGUUACCAAUGUAAUGGAGAAGGUGAAGAGUCUGAACUGACAGAUGUGGAUAGAGUAAACAUGUUGCAGCCACUUGAGAGAGAUGUGUCACAGUCCUCCAUCAAGCAAAGGCUGGCUGAGCUUCAUAUAUUAACAGAUUUCAAUUUUACAUCUGGUUUAGCAGCACAGGUUGCUGCAAAGUCACUUACAUUUACAACCAUGCAAGAGCAAACAUUUGGAGAUGAGGAGGAAGAGGAGGAGGAGGAAAUGCAGGAGAAGGAAGAUUUAUUUGAAAAACAUAAAGGAGAAGGAAACAGCUGUAAAAAUGAAAGAUUAUAGAGUUCAGCCAAACUCGGCCUUGCUUAUGUGAACACCACAGAAGGCAUGUGAGAUAACAAAAGCAACCCAUGCAGAAAUUCUGAAUUGAAAUACUGGAUGGCAGAUAGGAUAACAAGUCCUUUUAUCAUGAUAUCAAUUGGGUUUUACUAGGUUUUUUUUAAUGUGUGUGUGUGUGUGUGUAUACAUGCAAGUAUAAACUAAACUCAAGGUGUAUAGACUGGUUCUCACAGACACCAUGGAUGAAAUGUCUUUUAAUAUUUUACCUUUAUUUAUUUAUGUUAUAAGGAUUUUUUCUGUAAAAGAAAAUUUCUUAGUUGUCAUUUUCUAAAUGUUGGUUAUAAAUAGCAAGUUUCGUUAUAAAACUUGAAAUGAUUCAUGAAAAAGAACAGAAACACUCAUGAUGUUCUAUCUGAAAGCUUUAUUUCCUCUGUUGUAUCUGCUUUAUAUCACUUUACUUGUUGUUUUUUCUUGAUCUGUUGGUUCAUUGGGCUCAUAGCCUAAGAUGUAGACUCUUUUGUUGAUUAAAAAAAUGAAAGCCAUAGUUAGUGCAGCCAGUGAUUCUAAUGCAAACUAAUACUCCAGUUUGGAAAAGGGGCUAUAAAGCAAAACCAAUAUAUGUACAGUAUUUAUUUUGUUGCAUAUAAACAUCUGGACUAGAGAAAUAACUUACAUCAUUAUUAUAUUUACAGUAAAUGCUCUAUACUCUCAACUAUUACCAAGCUUGUUCUCAUGAUACCCACAGACCGUACUUUUGCCCUAGAAAAUUAAACAGGCUCAAAAAGGUCUUCCCUUCAA